AUAGCUGAUUGUUGAGUGUCGACCGUAGACGUGUCAUGAAAGGUUGAAGCUGUUAGGUAUUUUCGUUAAAAACGUUUCACUAUGCGGUGUGGAUUUUAUUUAACCCUUUUGAGUGUCACCAUUUUAUAUUUAAAUCAUGUCAGUGGUCAGUACAGGACUAAAGGCAACCAGGGUCCUUCUCUCGGAGAACGGGUUCAACAGCUGAGUGAAAUGGCUAUGAAGAGACCAGUGCUCCGAUUCAAUGGGGGAAAAUUCAAAGAAUUUGUCAAGACUACACCAAGGAAUUAUUCAGUUAUUGUUAUGUUUACAGCCAUGGCACCACAGAGGCAAUGUCAAAUUUGCAGACACGCAAGUGAUGAAUUCACCAUAGUGGCAAACUCAUUCCGAUAUUCCCAGUCGUAUUCAAACAAGUUGUUCUUUGCAGUUGUAGACUUUGAUGAGGGUGCUGAUGUUUUCCAAAUGUUAAGGUUGAAUACAGCACCUGUAUACAUACACUUCCCACCUAAAGGGAAACCAAAAUCUACUGACACUAUGGACAUUCAAAGAGUCGGAUUUGCCGCUGAAGCUAUUGCCAAAUGGAUUUCUGAGCGCACUGAUAUUCAGAUCAGGGUAUUCAGACCGCCAAAUUAUUCUGGUACGGUGGCUGUGGUGAUGCUACUAGUAUUGAUCGGUGGUUUCUUGUACCUCAGACGAAAUAACUUGGAUUUCAUAUACAACAAGACGAUUUGGGGCCUCAAUGCUUUGUUCUUCACGUUUGCAAUGGUCUCUGGACAGAUGUGGAACCAUAUCAGAGGACCCCCAUUCAUCCACAAAUCGCAAAACGGUGCUGUUGCUUAUAUCCACGGGUCGUCCCAGGGUCAAUUUAUUCUUGAAACUUACAUAGUCAUGGUCCUGAAUGGUGCUGUGGUACUGGGAAUGAUUAUGAUGACCGAAGCUGCGGCUCGGAAAGGAGAUGUCAGAAAACGAAGAAUUUUCGCUGUUAUUGGAUUAGGGCUCGUAGCAGUUUUCUUCAGCUUAAUUCUCUCUAUAUUUAGAAAUAAGGCUCAAGGAUAUCCGUAUAGUCUUCUCUUCAAAUAAGAAACUCAGAUGUAACACAGAAGAAAUACAUAACUCCUUCAAGACCAACAUUUAGCGAUAAUUUAUUAUCGUCAAUCGAUGGAAUAAAUUAUUUACAAUACAAUUCUCUGCAAAUGCGACGGUUUGAAAUUUAUUGUAGAGAUGGAAAGAUCUAAGUUAAAUGUCCAUUUACACUAACAUAUUAUAUUCACUAUGUCCAAAACAGCAUUCCAGGUCUAAUUUAUCCACAUAAUUACCAUUUGUGUGAUAGGAGUGAAAGUUCUAAUUCUUUGCAUAAGGUGAAAAUAAUGGAAAUCGUUUUCAGUUUUUUUUAGAAACAGCGUUUACAUUAACAUAGUUAGAUUAUUCACUGUUUCCAGAAAGUUGAACGUAGUUGAAAUAUUUUAAGACUUCUUUGCUUUUAUGGAUUGAGUGCUCUGCUGCUAUAUUUGCAUCAUACACUUAUAUCACAGCUCAAGAUAACAUCACACCGUUCAAACCAACAGGUACUUUUAGUAAUAUUUAAAAAUUUUAAUAUCAAAAUACAAUUUAUAAUUUUCAAAAAAAUACCGUAGUGUUAAUCAAUAGUGAAUGUUGUACAAUUACAAUAUCCACGGUAUCAAAGCUCUUCUCUGUUUUGGAUAUUCCUUAAAUGACUCGACGUACCACCAAUGACCAAGUAGACCAGUUGCUACCUAAAAAUAACAAUUUUGUUUGUAACGUAAGCUUGAAAGAGAAAACAAACACUUGGUUCUGAAGAGUUCGAUGAAUUCUUACCUGGUUCAAAAGCACCCACAAGAAUAUGUAAUAGAAUGUUUGGCUGUUUCUUAGUAUAAUUGUCAGCAUCAAGUACACAAGAAUUUCAGACAAUUGUAGCGGAGACGAGAUGUAUUCGAAAAGAUCACCUUUCGGAAUUUUGUGUUGCAAAGUGACAGUUUCGCCUUUUUUAUUUUUGCGUAAAUUCGAUAGAAUUUUGUUGCAAAUAAGCUGUUUAUAAGUUGCCCACAAGAAUAUAAUAGAGCAACUAUAAUCUAUAUAUGUCAACCCGUUCCAAUUCACAAUAGGUCUGGAUCCUGGACAAAAAAUUUGUGUCAUAUUAAUGAGUAAUUCAAAAUAAUUCCCAAGUUUCUGGUUUUGGAGAAUUAGUAAAAUACCUUUAAAAAAUCCAUUUGACUCUCCUAUCAGACAUGAUAUAGUUCCCACAUAAUGAACAAAACCCACGAUGUAAUGCGAUAGAUUUAUUUUUACAUUACUGAAAAUACUGACAUAAUGUGUUUCGUAGAAACGUUUCCAACAGUGAAUUGUUACGAGCACUAGAGCCAGUGUAGUGUGCUCCGGGGAUACUGAAAAUAAGAGCUUGAUUAGGUACCACUAAGAAAAGGGUACUGCAAAAAUU